AUGUCCUUCAAUAACCUCGCAUUCAAUGUAUCAAAGUCGACGCCAACAACUUCAACAUCGACAAAUUAUGCCGAUACAACCACAUCUGCCGUGGGCCGGACAUCGUCCAAACUACAUACAGGCGAGACUUUAGGAUCCAAGUCGCCCAAACUCAACAGCAAGCAGCUGUCGGCAUUAGAUCAAGGCGUGGGGAAACCAGCUUCUCCCGACCAAGAUUCACACUCCCAUGCCGUGGGCGGCUCCGAUCACACGAAACCGCAUGUGCAAAACAAUCCCAUUGACACGAAAACAGCAACUACAGCGACAACGGCAACAAUUUCCCAGCCAAGAUCGUCGUCGUCGGCAGCAAGUUCGAAAUUGACCCUCAGUCCCACAAUAGCUGCCCCCGCAGUAGUCACCAUCAGCAACGAAACCAAGAAACUGGAAAAGCCCACGUCCAAAAGCUCAAACUCGUCCAAGACCGACUUGAUUGGGCUAUUUGACAAGUUUGACUUGAAAGGUAACUCAGAAGACCAAGUUGAGGCCCAGCAAGCCGCCGGGGCCGAAUAUAAGGAGAAUGCCAAUGAACACAACCACGGCCAUGACCAUGAGGAAGUGCGGGAGAAGCCACAUAAUGAAUUAAAGAUUGAAAAGAUGGACUCUGAUCUUGAGGAUGAAGAAGACGAUCCUGUUGUACCUUCAGUCAUUUCAGAGAAACUGAAGCAUCAUCCUGUGGAAGACCAUGAGCUGAUUCAAAAACCUAAGCAAACCGUGGAGAAGGUAAACAGCUCUGCGCAUUUGAUGAUGACUAUGCAACCUUACUUUCCCCCCAAUGAGCGGUCGCCAGAGGUGGAUCUCGAGCUGGAGCUGGAGCUGGAGCUGGUCAAAGUCAAAGGCAAAGACAAAGACAAAGACAAAGACAGCGAACCUUUAUUGAAUGUUGAAGGCUCUGCCAAGAAAGACGGAGACGAGCAGAAUGUCAUAAACAAUAAUAACAACGAAACUAACAAUGCUUUUGACUCUACACCGAGUCGAAAUGAACACGUCCAAGACUCGGCACAAGACUCGGCACAAGACUCCGCGCAAGACUCGGCGCAAGACAUUGACGCCAAGGACGAGGUUGGCAUCGUCAAACACUUGCACGGCGAUACCACUCCAACCCAGAAUGCACCAAAUGAAGAAACAUCCAAACUCGAUCGAACCGCUGCCACAACCGAGCCCGUUUCUGAGGAUGAACAAGGCACACCGCAGGCUGGUAAUUCUCAUGCAACGCCAGAUAGCACUCGCAACACUCCCAAGUCGUCGACACUUGAAGAUAUCGAAGGAACCGAGACCGAUCGCAGUGGGAACGAAGACAUCAAAAUCAAGUCUGAGGAUUUGCCUGUAAUGCCAGACGAACCUAAACCCAAGGCACCAUUGCACAUUGAAAACAAAAUCAACCCAACCGAGCAGCAUCAACAGUCUCACAAGGCAUUUGACUUUCAGACAUUUUUAGUGCAAUUGAGAAAGAAAUCCGCCGAUCCAAUCGUUCGAUACCUCCGAUCUUUCUUAGGUUCUUAUAUCAAACAGGGAGCCACAUUCACUGCCGAGCAACGAAUCAACGUUAUCUUUGACUUCAAACUCUUUUUGAAUGAUAAAUUCAAACUAUACGAACCGUUCAAGUCGAUGGACAGUGUCGAUUUGGAAAACUCCCGCGAAGGAUUGGAAAAGCUUAUAAUGAAUCGGUUGCACGACUUGUGCUUCCCACCCGAGGUGCUCAAGAACUCAAUCCACCAGGAAAUUGAAAUACCAGAGGUUUACAGGCAGGACUUGCUACAGGAUCGUGAAUUUGCAGCACAGUUGGACAAAUUCAGCUGGGUCAAUGGGUCUCAUUUCGAUAUCGAUAUGACCCAGUUUAGCGCUGUUAGCAUCAAAGAUGGCCAGCAUUUCCUCGAUUACGCGAUAAUGGAAUUGAACAAAAUCAACAAAUACCGGGCACCUAGAGAUAAGAUCAUUUGCAUUCUCAACUCAUGCAAGAUUAUAUUCAGUUAUUUGAAGAUUAGCAAGAAGGAGACCAACGCGGAUUUCUUUGUGCCCUUGUUGAUCUUGGUGAUUUUGAAGGCGAAAACCCCACACUUGAUCAGCAACAUUCACUAUAUUGAAAGUUUCCGUGGCGAGGAGUGGUUGCUACAUGGCGAAACCAGCUACUACUUGUCCUCGAUCCAGGGAGCAGUGAACUUUCUCACAAAUAUGGACAAGGAUGACUUGACUAUAUCGCAGGAGGAGUACGAGGCGCACAUGGAAGCAUGGGAAGCACAACAGAGGCAAUUGAAGCAGCAGGAGGAAGAGGAAAGGGAGAGGAGAAGAUUGGAUUUGCAACGCAAAGAAGAAGAAGACGAGAGAAAGAAAAAUGAAGCACGAGCUAGGGCUCAAGCUGAAGCUGACUUGGACGCUAACACUCAAGCACAAGCACAAGCACAACAGGCUCCGGACGAGACACAUCUUCAAACUCAACCACUAGCGCAACGGCAGAGGCUGAACUCAAAACCGCUGUACCCACGACGCUUAUCACAGCCCCAGCCACGCCAUAUUCCAAAUAACCACCGGCCCAUGGCCAUGUCCGGCUCUACGCCGCCUCAAACCAGCGGUCUCUCGCCAUCAAAUGUCCUAUUCUCUAGCGCCGAAAUGUUCUCAAGGUCAAUCUCAAACUUCUUAUCUCCGCUGCCUCAAUCUGGAAGUCCCGUACGCAAAGACCACUCCCAGAACGCGCCGCACACCCCAAUCAACUCACCGCCUCCACCUGCACUACCGCCUAGAAACCCACUGUACAACCACACCAACCAAGGGGUCCUGGCUCCAGCACACCAAAACAUAGAGUCAUUAAGAGAAGAGUACCAACCAGCACUGCCUGCAGAAGAAGAAAUCAAUGCCGAACAAAUGAAAAACACAUAUGACAUCUUAAAGGAGGUGUUUCCCACGCUUGACCAGCACAUACUCAAAGAUGUGGUUUUCAUAAAUAGGGGAGACGUUGAUGUUUGCAUAGAUGCUUGUCUACCUUUAGUUGAUGGAUAG